AUGAUUCUUCACGUAGCGUUCGCAGCGUUCCUGUUGGUUAACUCGGCGAUCGCCGACGCCGGUGUCCAGGAACAGGUGGCCGUCGAGUCAGACGAAGGCGUGCUUGUGUUGACCAAAGACAACUUCCAAAGUAUCGUCUCGUCGUCCGAAUACCUGCUCGUCAAAUUCUAUGCACCAUGGUGUGGCCACUGUAAACAAUUAGCACCAGAAUAUGCAAAUGCAGCUCAACACUUAGCCCAGAAUGAAUUAUCAGUUAAGUUGGGCAAAGUAGAUGCCACUAUUGAGAGUGACUUAGCUGAACAGUUUGGAAUCCGUGGGUAUCCAACUUUAAAGUUCUUUAAAAGUGGAAAACCAAUUGACUAUUCAGGUGGCCGAACUAAAGAUGAAAUCAUUCAAUGGGUAUUGAAGAAAUCUGGACCAGCUGCAAAAGUAUUGCAAUCCGAAGAAGAAGUACAAUCGUUCAUUGAGGGAAAACAUGUUGCUAUUGUUGGUUAUUUCGAAAAUUUAGAAUCAGAUGCUGCAAAAUUAUUUUCAGAAUUGGCAGAUUCUGUUGAUGAUCAUCCAUUUGGUCUUGUAUCAGAUUAUUCUAAAUUCUCUAAUUUAGAGCACAAAGAAACAUUUGUUUUAUAUAAAGAUUUUGACGAAAAGAAAGUUCCAUACGAUAAAGAUAUUGCCAAUGUUGAAGACAUCAAGACAUUUAUUUUUGUUCAUUCGUUGCCUCCUAUCAUAGAGUUCAACCAAGAUACUGCUCAAAAAAUAUUUGGUGGUCAGAUUAAGAGUCAUUUGUUGCUCUUCUUAUCUAAAAAAGAAGGACAUUUUGAAAAAUUCAUUGAUGACAUUAAGCCUGUUGCACUUGACUUCAGAGGAAAGAUUGUGAUUGUUACCAUUAAUGCUGAUGAAGAAGAACAUCAAAGGAUUUUGGAGUUCUUUGGAAUGAAAAAGAAUGAAGUACCAAGCAUGAGGGCAAUCAAACUUGAAGACGAUAUGACCAAAUUCAAACCAGAAUCUCCCGAUUUAACCGGAGAAAAUGUGAGGAAAUUUGUUUCCGAUUUUGUCGAAGGAAAAGUUAAGCAACAUUUGCUCUCUGAAGAAUUACCCGAAGAUUGGAACAAAACUCCAGUCUGGACUUUGACUGCUACUAACUUUGAUAGUGUAGCUUUAGAUUCAACUAAGAAUGUACUUGUAGAAUUUUAUGCUCCAUGGUGCGGACACUGUAAACAGCUUGCACCAAUUUUCGAUAAAGUUGGAGAAUAUUUCGCUGAUAAAGAUGAUAUUGUCAUUGCAAAAAUGGAUGCUACAGUUAAUGAACUUGAGCACACCAAAAUUUCCAGCUUCCCUACUCUAACAUACUAUCCAAAGGGAGAUAGUCCAAAAGCCAUUGAAUAUAAUGGAGACAGAACAUUAGAAGCAAUCAUUAAGUUUAUCGAAGCUGAUGGAAAACAAGAAAGUUCUUCUAGCACAACGAGUGAGGAAGGAGACGAAGAAGAAGAAGAAGUAGAACGCGAGAAGCCUAAGGAUGAAUUGUAG